UAUACUUACGGUCGUCGUGUGCGAGGAGGUGUGCCAGGCACCCCCAUGUCCGUCCUCGUCCCCGACGACAAACCCCCUCCCAGCCCACGCAGCUCUAUUGCAGAGAAGCUGGACAACGAGAAGCAAGUUUACGCUGUUCCAGUCGCUGAAUUCGAUGACCCGAACAUAGACUUCGAUGCGGUUGGCCUCGAGGAUGAUUCGCCAUAUCCCGAGGUCCGGUCUGCGGUCGCGAACACGGAUGAUCCCGACAUGCCCGUCAACACAAUACGGGCGUGGUGCAUCGGCCUUUGUUGGUCGAUCAUCCUCCCUGGCAUGAACCAAUUCUUCUUCUUCCGAUAUCCCUCUAUCACCGUAACCGGAGUUGUCGCCCAACUAUUGUCGUUCCCUAUUGGCCGGUUGUGGGCGAGGUUGAUGCCUAGGGUCAAGUUCUUCGGGAUGUCCUUGAACCCCGGCCCAUUCACUGUGAAGGAGCAUGUAUUGAUCACGAUCAUGGCCACCGUCGGCUAUUCGUCUGCAUAUGCCACGGACAUUAUUGCGGUGCAGCGCGUGUAUUAUGACCAGGUCUACAACUUCAGCUACCAGUGGAUGGUUGUGAUGUCCACGCAGCUGAUCGGGUUCUCGAUAGGUGGCAUCUGCAGACGGUACCUGGUGCAGCCACCGUCUAUGAUCUGGCCGACCAACCUCGUCACCUGUGCGCUAUUCAACACGCUCCAUUCGCAGCAGUAUGUCGGGAUGGGCAACAGAGCCGGUAUCUCGCGGGAACGGUUCUUUGCGUACGCCUUCACUGCCAGCUUCUGCUGGUACUUCUUCCCGGGCUACAUCUUCCAAGCACUGAGCUACUUCAGCUGGGUGUGCUGGAUCGUACCUGACAAUGUCGUCGUGAAUCAGCUCUUUGGCGAACGUCGCAUUCGGCUUCGUGUUUUCUUCUGGUUCGUCACGCCGAUCCUGUACUACACGAACACGUGGUACGCGAAGUACAUGCCGAUGUCCUCGCGCACAUCGUACGACAACCUGGGGCAGGCGUACAACAUCAGCCGGAUCAUCACCAGCACCGGGACGUUCAACCAGACGGGCUACGAGCACUACUCGCCGCUCUUCCUGUCGACGACGUUCGCGAUAUCGUACGGCCUCUCGUUCGCGUCCAUCACGUCGACGAUCGUGCACACGGUGCUGUACUUCCGCAGACAGAUCUGGGUGCAGUCGAGGAGAUCGUUGUCGGAGCAGCCGGACAUCCAUGCCCGGUUGAUGAACCGGUACCCGCAGGUCCCUGAGUGGUGGUAUGGUGCGAUUCUAGGUGAGUGGAUUGGCCGACACAUAGUCCAGCUCUGUAUUCACGCUCCGCGACUGUCUACAGGAUUGACGUGUCUGUCAGCGUUCAUUUAUACCGUGCCCUGUGGUAUGAUUCAAGCCAUCACUAAUCAACAGAUUGCCCUGAAUGUUAUUGCGGAGCUCAUCAUCGGUUACGCCCUCCCUGGUAAACCCAUUGCGAUGAUGUUGUUCAAGACAUGGGGCUACUAUAGCAUGUUCCAAGCGUUGCAGUUCACGUCCGAUAUGAAGCUGGGGCAUUACAUGAAAGUUCCUCCCCGAGCGAUGUUCUGGGGUCAAGUCAUCGCCACACUUGUCGCCGGCACAGUGCAGCUCGGCGUGCAAUCGUGGAUGUUCACCAAUAUACCCGACAUAUGUAAUCUUGACCAGAAGGAUGGCUUCACGUGUCCUUCAACUCAAGUAUUCGGGACGGCCUCCUUUAUAUGGGGAGUCAUCGGUCCUGCACGGCAAUUCUCGAACGGUCAGAUCUACUACGGCCUCGUCUUCUUUUUCAUCAUGGGUGCCGUCUGUCCAUUAGUCUCCUACGCCAUCUCGCUCAAGUGGCCGAACUCCAUCUUCAAAUACGUUAACUUCCCUGUGAUCUUCAACGGCUCGCAAUGGAUACCACCCGCGUCCGCGCUCAAUUACGUCCCCUGGACAAUCGUCGGGUUCAUCUUCAACUACGUCAUUCGCCGGAGACACUUCUCGUGGUGGACGAAGUACAACUACAUCCUUUCCGCGGCGAUGGACUCCGGCGUUGCGAUAGCCGUCCUCGUUAUCUACUUCACCUUACAGUAUCCCGCUAACGGGAGCAUUGGCAACGGCACAAUACAGUCGUGGUGGGGCAACACAGUGUACAAGAGAACAAUGGACGCCCAGUCUGUAACCUACUUCAACAUCACAGGAAUAAAGCCAUUCGGACCAAAACACUGGUAGAGUUUGCUGCCUAGCGUUCCGUGUCAUCUGUCACCGCAUCUAGUCCGCCCUCGCAUAUCCCUAUACUGCUCAUUUAUUGCGUUCUGCAUACCCUCAUAGAUGUAGGUGGAUAUCAGUAUGACAUCCCUGUGCUAUUGGUUUUGGAACGGUGUACGUGGUAGACCUGCCCAGAGGAUGCUUUCUUGUGUACUUGUACCACCACGUUAUAUUAACACCCAAUCUACACAUUAAAAUAUC